AUGGAAGUUAUUUUCUACAACCUCCACAAUCUCCCCUUUCCUCAAAAAAACCUGUUUGCUUCAAAGGAGUUGAAAGUCCUGGGCCCAGAAUCAGACCUGGAGCUGGGUAUUAGGGCGGCCAAUCAGCGCCCAGGGGGCGGGGAGAGGGGCGGGGCCGGAGAGGGGCGGGGCCAGCGCCCCUACAUAGCGCCCGUCUGCGCCUGCGCCAAGGUGGCCGGCGCCGUCUGCUGCUGCAGCUGCGGCUCUAGCAGCUGGGGGCGCUGUGCUGCUGCGGCCGGAGGCGCGGUGCUGUUGCGCGGGGCGCUGCGCUGCUGCACGCUGUGCUGCUGCGCGAGGCGCUGUGCUGUUGCGCGAGACGCUGUGCUGCUGCGCGAGGCGCUGUGCUGCUGCGCGGGGCGCUGUUGCGCGGGGCGCUGUGCUGUUGCGCGAGGCGCUGUGCUGCUGCGCGAGGCGCUGUGCUGCUGCGCGGGACGCUGUGCUGUGCUGCUGCGCCGGUCCCCGCGGAUGCCCACCGCCUUCCCGGACGGGGCGGGAGCCCCGGGCAGCGCCGCGCAGCUGGACCUGCAGACGUUCCGGGACUACGGCCACAGCUGCUACGUCUUUGGCAAGGGGCUGGAGAGCCGCUUCCAUCCGCGGGGGGCCCUCGACCAGCAGCCGCAAGUGACGGCCGAGUCCCGCUGUCAACUGGUCAGCUGGCUGAUCCCCGUCCAUCGCCAGUUGGGCCUCUCCUUUGAAUCGCUGUGCCUGGCGGUCAACACUUUGGACCGUUUCCUGGCCACCACCCCCGUGGCUGCAGACUGCUUCCAGCUUCUCGGGGUCACCGCGCUGCUCAUCGCUUGCAAGCAGGUGGAGGUGCACCCGCCUCGAGUGAAGCAGCUCCUGACGCUCUGCUGCGGCGCCUUUUCCCGCCAGCAGCUCUGCAACCUGGAAUGCAUCGUCCUGCACAGACUGCAGUUCCGGCUCGGGGCGCCCACCAUCGGCUUCUUCCUGGACCAUUUCACCCAGGCGCGGCUGGCGUCGAGCCAGGGGGACCCCGACGAGGCGGUGGCCGCCCGGGGCCUGGCCCGGGCCCUGGCCCAGCUCAGCCUGGCCGACUACGCCUUCAACCGGUUCGCCCCCUCCCUCCUGGCCGCCUGCUGCCUGGGCCUGGCCGACCACAUCCUAGGCCACCGGACGCCGCUGGACCUCGAAGGGACUGACCACCCGGAGGCCGCGCUGCGGGACUGUCUGGACCGGCUGCGGUUACUCGUCUCUUUGAACGGAGACACCUUGGCCCGCGUCUUGUCCCCUCCCCUCUCCCCAACAGGCCCGAGGCCGGACGGUUAGACCUCGACCCUCCCCCCCCUCCCGCCACCUUCCAGCAGAUCCCCUGCCACAACCCGGGCGGCCGACGGUGCCCCUUGAUUUGUGGGUUUUGUAUCAGAGAGCGGCAGGAGUGUGUGGGUCUGUAUGUCUGUAUGUGUCCGUGUGUGUUUAUUAUAAGAAUAAUGAUAAUUUUUAAAUCCUUACUAUGUGCCAGUCACCGUAUUAAGCGCUGGGACUCGACCCUUCCCCCCUCCCGCCACCUUCCAGCAGAUCCCCUGCCACAACCCGGGCGGCCGACGGUGCCCCUUGAUUUGUGGGUUUUGUAUCAGAGAGCGGCAGGAGUGUGUGGGUCUGUAUGUCUGUAUGUGUCCGUGUGUGUUUAUUAUAAGAAUAAUGAUAAUUUUUAAAUGCUCACUAUGUGCCAGUCACCGUAUUAAGCGCUGGGACUCGACCCUUCCCCCCUCCCACCACCUUCCAGCAGAUCCCCUGCCACAACCCGGGCGGCCGACGGUGCCCCUUGAUUUGUGGGUUUUGUAUCAGAGAGCGGCAGGAGUGUGUGGGUCUGUAUGUCUGUAUGUGUCCGUGUGUGUUUAUUAUAAGAAUAAUGAUAAUUUUUAAAUGCUCACUAUGUGCCAGUCACCGUAUUAAGCGCUGGGACUCGACCCUUCCCCCUCCCACCACCUUCCAGCAGAUCCCCUGCCACAACCCGGGCGGCCGACGGUGCCCCUUGAUUUGUGGGUUUUGUAUCAGAGAGCGGCAGGAGUGUGUGGGUCUGUAUGUCUGUAUGAGUCCGUGUGUGUUUAUUAUAAGAAUAAUGAUAAUUUUUAAAUGCUCACUAUGUGCCAGUCACCGUAUUAAGCGCUGGGACUCGACCCUUCCCCCCUCCCACCACCUUCCAGCAGAUCCCCUGCCACAACCCGGGCGGCCGACGGUGCCCCUUGAUUUGUGGGUUUUGUAUCAGAGAGCGGCAGGAGUGUGUGGGUCUGUAUGUCUGUAUGUGUCCGUGUGUGUUUA